GGCAAUGGCAGGCAAUAUGGCGGCUCCCUUGCUUUGAACGUUCGAUUGUGCUCGACAGCAGAACUUGCGCUGUGCUGCUGAUGUAUCGUGCAGAAUCUCGCUGCGGUGUUUCAUCCAACUUCAUUCCAGAAGAAUCUGGAAAUUGUGCUAGUAGUUUUUACCCGGAAUCCGCCAAGACGAUCUCAGCUGUAGAUGAAAUAAGUUCACGGAUUCCCGUUAUGUUGGACACACGUCUGCGGCCGGGCUCUGCCGAAGCUCAACCGUGAACGUGUCGAGCUCGGAAUGCUGUGAAACGUUUGUUCAUUCCUCCGCACGAGAUCCACCAUAGUCCGGAGCUCGAAUAUGUCGACCCGUCUUCUACUACCGGAGUUCACGCCUGCGACGGCGUCAAGCCCUUCGAGAGACUGGCUGCAGGCCAUUCGAAUGCCCACCAAUUUCCGAAUUGGAAACUCGACAGUGCGCUGUCAGACCAACUUCACUCUUGUCAUAAUGAUCUUGGGCAUAUUCACUCUACUACUGUUUUAUACCAUGCUUCCGAAAGGGGUUUCAUUAUUUGACGAUCAUACGCACUAUCUUUCAUUGUUGUCGGAACCCUCCGACUACAACUCAACUUAUCCUCUAACUCAGCCUGUGAUAUCGGGACGUAAAACCAAGUACCGUAUUGCGGUGGUGGCCGACAUGGACAAGGCAUCGAAAUUGGUGGAGAAUACGUGGGUGUCGAAAUUCAAAACGGGCUGGUUGAUUAUGGACCGGCGUUCGCAGAUCUUCGAGGUCGAGUGGGACAAACAAGAGACAAUUCUUAAGGGGAGUUUGGCGCAGAGCGGUAGAGGCAUGGAGCUCUCAGAGUUGGUGGUUUUCGAUGGCAAGCUGCUCAGCUUCGAUGAUCGCACGGGAGUCGUUUAUCAGAUUGAGGGCGAAAAAGUGCUCCCGUGGGUAUUCUUAAACGAUGGCGACGGUCACGCGACCAAAGGCUUUAAGUCGGAAUGGGCAACAGUCAAAGACGGUCUCCUCUACGUUGGAGGUCUAGGGAAAGAAUGGACGAACUCGAAGGGCGCAGUUCUAUCGUUCGAUCCCCAGUGGAUAAAGGUUGUCACGCCCGGAGGCCGAGUAGUUCACAGAGACUGGAGAGACAACUAUCUGAAACUCUGUUCUGCUGCCAAUAUCGAACCUCCGGGCUACAUGAUCCAUGAGGCGGUCAACUGGUCACCGGUUCAUCAGCAGUGGUUCUUCUUGCCGCGGAGAGCCUCUCACGAAUCGUAUGACGACGCCAAAGACGAACGCCGUGGGACCAAUAUAUUGCUUCGCGCCUCCCAGGACUUCAAACAAAUUUCUCUGCAAAACGUCGGGCCAAAGCUCGAAUCUCACGGUUUUUCGUCCUUCAAGUUUGUCCCAGAUACGAGAGAUGCGGUCGCUGUAGCGAUAAAAUCCGAAGAGGUCGAUGGACAGGCUGCUUCCUACAUUACGGUUUUCAAUGUCGCUGACGGGCGCAUUCUCUUCCCCGAGAGCAAAAUCGGGAACGUCAAAUACGAGGGCAUUGAAUUUAUCUAA